UUCGCUGUUUGUUUGGUCGCGAUCACGCCGAUCAGGCGUGCGUGGCGGUACGAUCUGAUUGCAGGGUUGAAUUUCGCCAUCGAUGCGGGCGCUCGAGUUUUACAGCGGCAUAGGGGGUCUCCACCUCGCUCUCGUGCGCAGCCACGUGUCCGCUGAGGUCGUCCGGGCCUUCGACUGGGACCAGAACGCGUGCGAGGUAUAUUCCGCGAACUUUGGCCAAGGAAUCGCACAGAAGGUUCUUUUCACGGCUUCAUUCCUAUUUUCGAGACCCUUAAGCGAAGUUCAGACGGACAUCUCUACACUGACUGCUCAAUAUGUCGCCACACUGGAUGCAUCGCUCUGGCUCCUGUCGCCUGCUUGUCAGCCCUAUACCGUCCUGAAUCCAUCCGCGAAAGGCGACAAAGAUCCCCGUGCCAAGUCGUUUCUCUAUCUGAUCCAGACUGUCCUGCCAGAACUGGUGUCGAUGGAGAAGCACCCGACGCAUUUUCUAGUUGAGAAUGUGGCUGGAUUCGAGGCGAGUAUUGGCUCUACGACGCGCCAAAUCUUGACAUCGACGCUCCAGUCGCUGGGUUACUAUAUCGCCGAGUUUCUGCUCACGCCGCUCCAAUUCGGCAUCCCGAACUCGAGACUCAGAUACUAUCUCCUCGCGAAACGUUCCCCAUUUGCGCAGCCGGGGGAUCCACAUCCACUUUCUCCCUUGAGACAUAUUCCCGGUGCGGGCUGUGAGGACUGGGUCGACACUCGAGACGAGCCAUCCGCCACCGCAGCCGCCCAUCAGGACGUGACGGAAAUUCGCGAGUACCUGGAUCCCGACCCAGCAUCAGAGGAGGAUUAUUCGAUCCCCGAGAAGGUGCUGCGCAAGUGGGGCCGUCUGUUCGAUAUCGUGUUGCCCUCGGCUCGACGGUCGUGUUGUUUCACGCGAGGAUACACUCAGCUCGUCGAAUGCGCAGGAUCCAUCGUGCAGCUAAAUGAGGACGAAGACACAACGUCCGUGUUCGACGCCUUCCUCGACGCACAAACAACGUCGCGGCCCGAAGAUGCGGUGCGAAUCCUGGACUGUCUCCGGCUGCGCUACUUCACCCCGGACGAGCUGCUCCGCAUAUUCGCCUUCAACCCCCUCCGCACGCCGCAGACGUUCACCUGGCCGCCGUCUGUCUCGCGCAAAGUCAAAUACCGGCUCAUCGGAAAUAGCGUCAACGUCCGUGUCGUCACGGAGCUGAUCCGUUAUCUCUUCCGAGAGUGAAUGAAUGAAUGAAUCAUACGAGAGCCAGGGCCAUACGAAAGGCUGAAAUGGACCGAAAGUUAAAUUCGAAUUUAAGGAGCCGGGAUUCGACGCGCGGGAAUUGCAUCAAAGUCAAGUUCAAUCGGGCGUAUCCAGAUACU